CCUCCCGACGCUAGGGUUCCCGCUUAGCUCUUCUGCUGAGGAAAUCGGAAGUUGGCUCAUGUGUUGUUUCUUGGGUUCUGCUGAGGCUAGAGCUCUCUGCACCCGCGACACGGUGAUCAAGGGCUUCUGUUCCCAUAGUGGGAGGAGUGGCCGGCCAUGAUUGCAGUGACCUAUGAUGAUGUGCAUAUUGACUUCACUUGGGAGGAGUGGACUUUGCUGGAUUCUCCCCAGAAGAAUCUCUACAAAGAUGUAAUGUGGGAGACCUACAGAAACCUCACUGCUAUAGGUUGCAGUUGGGAAGAUCAUAAUAUUGAAGAACAUUGUGAAAGUUCUGGAAGAAAUGGAAGGUUCAAAAAAUGUCAUACUGGAGAGAAACCCUGUGAAUAUAUUCAAUGUGCAAAAGCUUUUUCACAACACAGUCAUCUUCAAAUGCAUGAAAGAACAUUUUCUGGGGAGAAACCCUACAAAUGUAAUCAUUGUGAUAAAGACUUUGCAUAUGCCACUAGUCUCCAACUGCAUGAAAGAACACAUACUGGAGAGAAACCCUACAAAUGUAAUCAGUGUGAUAAAGACUUUUCACGACACAGUGAUCUCCAAAUACAUAAAAGAACACAUUCUGGAGAGAAAGCCCACAAAUGUAAUCAAUGUGAUAUAGCCUUUGCAAGUCACAGUCAACUCCAAAUACAUGAAAGAACACAUACUGGAGAGAAACCCUACACAUGUAAUCAAUGUGAUAAAGGUUUUUCACAAUAUGGUAAUCUUCAAAUUCAUGAAAGAACACAUUCUGGAGAGAAACCCUAUGAAUGUAAUCAAUGUGGUAAAGCUUUUACAAGUGCCAGUAGUCUCCGAACACAUGAAAGAACACAUACUGGAGAGAAACCCUACAAAUGUAAUCGGUGUGAUAAAUCCUUUUCACAACACUGUCAUCUCCAAACACAUGGAAGAACACAUACUGGAGAGAAACCCUACAAAUGUAAUCAAUGUGAUAAAGACUUUUCACGACGCAGUCAACUUCAAAUACAUGAAAGAACACAUACUGGAGAGAAACCCUACAAAUGUAAUCAUUGUGAUAAAGACUUUGCAUAUGCCACUAGUCUCCAGCUACAUGAAAGAACACAUACUGGAGAGAAACCCUACAAAUGUAAUCAAUGUGAUAAAGACUUUUCACGACACAGUGAUCUCCAAAUACAUAAAAGAACACAUACUGGAGAGAAACCCUACAAAUGUAAUCAAUGUGAUAAAGCCUUUUCUGGACACAGUAAUCUUCAGAUUCAUAAAAGAAUACAUUCUGGAGAGAAACCCUAUAAAUGUAAUCAAUGUGGUAAAGCCUUUGUAUGUACCACUGAUCUCCGAAGACAUGAAAGUAUACAUUCUGGAGAGAAACCCUACAAAUGUAAUCAAUGUGAUAAAGGCUUUUCACAACACAAUGCUUUCCAAAUUCAUAAAAGAAGACAUUCUGGAGAGAAACUCUACAAAUGUAACCAAUGCGAUAAAGACUUUUCACGACAUAGUUAUCUACAAAUACACGAAAGAACCCAUACUGGAGAGAAACCCUACAAAUGUAAUCAAUGUGAUAAAGCCUUUUCAGAACACAAUGCUCUCCAAAUACAUAAAAGAACACAUACUGGAGAGAAACCCUACAAAUGUAAUCAAUGUGAUAAAGCCUUUGCAUGGACCUCUAGUCUCCAAAUACAUAAAAGAGCACAUACUGGAGAGAAACCCUACAAAUGUAGUCAAUGUGAUAAAGCUUUUUCACAACAUAUUAAUCUUCAAAGGCACGAAAGAAUACAUUCUGGAGAGAAACCAUAUGAAUGCAAUCAAUGUGGUAAAGCCUUUGCAAGUGCCAGUAGUCUCCAAAGACAUAAAAGAAUACAUACUGGAGAGAAACCCUAUGAAUGUAAUCAUUGUGGUAAAGCCUUUGCAUGUGCCAAUAAUCUCAGAGUACAUGAAAGAACACAUGCUGGAGCAUAACCCUAUAAAUGCAAUCAUUGUUUUAAAGACUUGUCAUGACACAUAAUGGACAGAAACCUUACAAGUGUAAUCAAUGUGGUUUAAGCCUUUGCAUGUGACAGUACUCUCUAAAUACAUAAAAGAACACAAUCUGGAAAGUAACCAUACAAAUGUAAUCAAUGUGAUAAAUCCUUUUCAUGACACAGUAAUCAUCAAAUGCAUGAGAGAACACAUUCUGGAGAGAAACCCUAUGAAUGUAAUCAGUGUGGUAAAGCCUUUGCAUGAAUCAGCAGUCUUUGAAAUCAUCAGAAAAAAAUAAUCACACUACAGAGAAACCUAGAAAGGUAGUGAGUGUGGCAAAGUUUUGCACUUCAGGUUAGUCUUUAAUACAAGAGUAAAAUUUCAGUGUGUAGUUGGUAUUUUAAAGUCUUUUCAUUUUACAGUAGUCCUUGAGGACCUGAAAAAAACUAAUACUUAAGGAAAUCUGGCCAUAAAGAGUUUGGUAAGAUCUUUACCCAACUGACUUAAAUUCAGUUACACAAGUUUAUUCUGGAGAAGAAAUCUGACCAGUGUCACCAAUCUGUUCUAGCAUUAUGAUGUCUCUCUUUAUUUUAUUUGCACCCACAAACUCAUGUGAUGAAAAUAACUAUGAAUUUAAAUGAUGAGGUAACUCUUUUAAAUUCCACAGUUCUCUUAAAUUACAUGAAAUAACAAUCCAGUUGUAAAAUUUAAUGGAUGUGUAUUAAUGCCUUUUCUGUUGCUGUGAUAAAACUUUAUGUCUAAGUCAACUCAUGAGUGAGCCCUUGGUUCUAGAGGGAUACAGGAUCACCAUCAAAGUGGCAUGGCAACAAGUGUCACACAUGGCAGCUAAAGCAGGAAGCUAAGAACUCACAUCUACCUGCGAUAUGAAGGUGAAAAUGGGAACUGAAAAUGGUAUGUGGAUGUGAACUCAUGCUCAACCCCAGAGGCAUCCUUCUUCCAGCAGGGCAAGCAUUACCCAUAUCUUCCCAAAUGAUACUACUAACUGAGAAAGAUUGAUUUCUCUGACUUCAAGCUUACAUGCCUGCUUUCUGUUUUAUGAACCAGUUCAUGAUGAAGAAAAACUCUGGAAGUAAGCCUUUUGAUGCUUCCACACCUGGGUUACAGGAAUAAAUGCUUACAAGAGAAAAACAUUCUUGAGUAUAAAUCUAAUUGUUUAAAGAUUUGUUUUAAUUUUAAUUAUAUGAUAUCAUUGUUUCUUUUUGUGGGUAUGUGCAUUCUGGUUUCCAGUUUAGGCCAUUGGAUCAAGAAGUUUAGGCCAUUGGAUCUUCUUUUAGCAGGAAUUACAGGGAGUUGUUAAAAACCUGGCUUCAUCCUGGAAACUUCUCUUAACUGUUUGGCUAUGUCUAUCACCCUGUAAAUAUUUCAAAGCUGUCAUAUAUAAUCUUGAUGUCAGGAAAUAGGAAAUAAUUCAUACAACAGAAAUAUCCUAUUCUGGUAAAUGAUUUGGUUAAGACUUUAGACAUCACAAUUAUCUCCAGACUCACACAAAAAAAAUCUUGUUUUAUGUCUUUUUCAUCAUACCCUUGAAGGAAGUAAUUUAUUUACCAUGUUGACUCAAGACAGAUGGGGGAGAUCAUUGCAUCAUGGGUUUCUAUUUUGCCACAUUUGAGAUAGAUACUAAAAUGUGGUAUAUGUGUGGCCAAUCCAUUUAAUGAAGUUUAUUUUGUGGUUCUUAUUUUUUUUUCUUUGAUUUCUGUUCAUCUUCUGUUGCGCUUUCACUUAGUAAUAGGUAUUUUUCUGUUGCAAUGUAUAGAAUGGGAUGCCCAUCAUCUAAGUGGUCCAUUGUUUAUUUAAAUAUCAGGCAGUAUGUGAUUGUUGAAGUAAGUGUCUGUGAAAGUGUGAUGCGUUGUUUUUCCUGGUUUUGUUUUUUGUAUUUUAACAAAUUCCCUUGAGAUGUUGUUUAUUAUCCAGUCUGGCUUCAACGUCAGUAAUUAGGGAUAUAUUUGAACUCAUUAUCCUUAGUUGUCACCCUCCUGAGUACAAGUCCAAGGGUAGAUGAUGUACCCCCCCGCCAUGUAUGCUGUUUUAGUAGCACGUUCAAACAUAUAUUAAUGUUAAAAUGCUUAAUAGAAGAGAAUAUAAGAAACAUUAAAUACCUCAUGUGAUUCCAAACAGCAUUUUCAUAUAUCUGGUAGAGAUGUAAUAAUGUAGGAAAAUCAGCAGUCAACUGUGUAUUUUACAACAUUGCUUAAUGUGCUAUGGAUAUGAAUAUAUUAUUUGAAGUUUCACAUGUCUGCAUGUCCCCAUUAGUUAUCCAUCUGAUAUUUCAUCUUGAAGUACUGCAUUCUAAGGUAAUUAUCCAGAGAUGCCAGAUAAUGUAAUGGUAAUGAGAUUUAUUUCAAAAGAAAUUCUGUUGUGUGUGUGUCUGUGCAUAUGUGUUAUAUUAUGGUUUUUGGGCUGUGACACAUAUGUGGAGACUGGAAGACAACUUCGUGGGGUGUAAUUGUAACUGUGGAAGCCAAGUAUUGUCACCCAGGAGUUUUAACUUAGUUCCCAAACACAAGACGUUUCUUGCCCCAAUUAUCCCAGGUAAGCAUGCUGUCAGCUGAGAUCAGAUGGUUUUGUCACCCUCCAUAUGGACUAUAAUUUAAAACUUCUGGAAAGAAAACUUGUUGAAAGAGUUCAUUCUAAUAAAACUUUGGUAGUUUUUUGUGGCACUUUUACUCAGUAAAGCAUUAUCUCAUGGCAUCAUCUUAGAUAGUCAGACGUAACUCCACCAAAGAGACUAACUUCUUUACUUCCACUAGACCUCAUCCAAGAUUUCCCAAACUGUCUCAAUGACUUCUUGGGGAGGGAUACAGUGAACAAUGCCAUGUAUGCAGAGGAAAGAUAGGGACUUAAACCCAAGUUUGAAGUCUCCCAUUGUUCAAUCUCCUUUGUCAGGGUAGGGUAGGUGAUAUUAACGAAGUCUGUAGCCAGAGUACAUGGCCCCUCCUCUCCUUAGGUGAAAUAUUUUGUUUCUUCAGUUUCUUUAUCUCUUUCUGUCUCUUUCUUUAGAGCUCUUUCUACAUAGACUGUUCUUAGUGUCCAUUUAUUGAGAUUUGAUGCACUCAAAUUUCAUGUCAAACACAUGUUUCAACCCUCAGGAUGAUGUGACCAGCAAAGGGAUACUAUUUUCUUUCCCAAAGCAUUUCUCAUCUUUGCUCUGCAUAUAGAUUGGUUAUGCGUUUCCUGGUAACUUCCUGGUACCACUGUCACUGUGAUAUCCAGACACUUCCAUCUCUGGGGUUCUUUUGCUGAACUGCAGAGUUCCAGAGGCACAGGGCCACUUCAGAAGCUGUUGGGAAGCAUUUAUCCUGUGAGGCCAUCUGAGGUGGUUCCUUGGGUGAGCUAUGUGUUCUUAGAGUAACCUGUGAAUUGUUACAAAUAAGAGUCUGGACAAGGCAAACUUCUCUUGUUCAGGAGGGUGUGCUGGUGAAAGGGGAUCUUACCUAGACAGGAACUGCACUUGAUUUUAUCCUAAGGAAAGUCGUGUCUGUGUCUUUUCCCCACAAUCUAGAGUCAGACUUCACAGUCUUAUUCAUUAUGUGAGUAUGAAAACAGUUGGUCCAUAGAAAAGGAAGGAGGAAGUCAUACUGCUUUCAGGAAAGAAGAGUCACUGUUCCAGGCCAUCAGAUUCCUAGAAUUCAGGCUUGGGGUUGGGAAUAAACAAUAUUUUACUGAAUGGAAGGAGUGUUAAGAUUUGACUUCUCUCACUUCUCCUCUCUGUUAGUCCCGCCUAUACUUCCUGCCUGGCUACUGGCUAAUCAGUGUUUUAUUUACUGACCAAUCAGAGCAACACAUUUGACAUACAGAACAUCCCACAGCAAACUACUGAGCAUGGAAAAGCCCCUAAGCAAGUGGCCCAGACUUGAUAAGAGAGUUAGCUGAGCAUGAGACCAUAAGCAGAAAAGAGAACACACCACCAAGCAAUGUUUUGCAAUGAUUUUACCUUCAGUUACUAACCUAAAUAUAUUUUGUGAGUUUCCUCAAUGAUUGGAUGUGCCCUGGCAGUGUCAGUUAAGUAAGCCUACUUAUCAAUCACCUCAGUUGCUUUUAAUAAAAAUAUUUAAUCAUAGCAACAAAGAAGCAAUCUAGAACAAAAAUUGGUACCCUUAAAUGAGGCUGUUGUUGUAAUAAUCUGAAAAUGUUGUAUUUUUGAGGAAUUCAGAAAGCUAUACAGGACUUUGGAUAUCAAAAGCCAUUGUAAGCUCUACACCAAUCUUAAUGGGCUAUUCCAGAAGGAACUGGAAGAUGAGAGGGCUAACAGUAAAAAGGGGAGGGGCUUUGUUGUACCCUGAUUUGAUGUGCCAUGCUGUGUUGACACCCAUGGGAGG